UACAUCGAUCUUGGAUUAGACAUUCUCAUCACGUGUCAAGUAGGUGAGGUGAAGGCGGAACUACGAGUAGGGAAGGAGCAGACGAGCGGUCUGUUGUGUCGCUUCUAUUGUUUUCCAGCGUCUUCGUCCGCCUGCCUCCUCUCACCUCCUCCUUCCCACCUACCUUGCUAGCGCACCACCACCUUCAACUCUGGACUUGCAACACAACUGCUCCACCACCAAUACUAUUCAUUGAGCAUUGCAUUCACCUUCACAUCUCACAAUGGAUGGCGAUGAAUCGCCACAGGCAACCGGGCCCAGCAUCUUCAGUGGCCGCAAACCUAUCCGCGUCAUCGUUGUGCCGAGUAGUCAACAGCGUGAAUCCGCCCGCGCAGAGCGUGAUCGGCUCAUCCUCAAAUGGAAGACCGAGUACAACUGCGACGUGCGCAUCCUUAACUCUGCAGGUGUAGUAACCAAAUUCGAGAUCUUCGGCUCCGGCAGUGGCGUCAACAAAACACACCAGGAGAUCAACACCUGGAUCCGUCGUCCCGAUCCGAAAUCCGUUCACUCGGCAGCUUGGGCGAAGUUGCCAGCAUAUGACGAGAAUAAGUGGUACGACGAACAGCUUCGAGAGAGAGAUGCCCUGAGGAAGCAAGCAUUCAAAGGAGAGCCCCCCAAGAACGUUCCUUUUGUGAGGGUUGUUGAGUGGCCAUCCGACCUGCGGGAAAACGAUCCACCGAUCUUGCCAAAGGACGUUUUCGGUACCAAGUUGGAAGGCUUGGAUGAUAUCAGACUGGAUGAGGAAGUCUGGAUUACACCUUGCAAACAGCCGCUAUGGGCUGUCCAAUUUCAGAGUUUUUCCGAAGCACACGUUGUGGCUGCUAUGGAACGCUACACCAGGCUGAUUCUGAAGAUUCAAAAUCAGUCGUAUGGCAAUCUAGAGUCUCUCAACCUUGUCUUGGACGCGCAUGAAGGUGGGCAGGUUUUCCUGCAUGAAGCUCCAGGCUGGUCGCCAGAUCGCCUCAACACUAUUACGCCUCGCAUUAUCAAGGAUGCACUGUUGGCUGAACCCGAGACCAUCGAUGACUCUGACGAUAUCACAAGGAUCCAGAAGGCCUUGAGAAUUUCUCUCGACGCCAUCAUAUACGACAGAGCUCACUACGACUUCAGUAUCCGCCAUGGCUUAUUUGUUCUUCGCAGCUCAAAUAAGAUGAAUCCCAAAAUAGAAAUCGGAAAGACGUAUUCGACGGAACAAUGUAUCAAGUUCCUCAAGGAGACCGAAGCGUGCGAUACUAAGAGAUGGCUAGCUGACGACGAAAAGGGCAAAAAGCUUCUCACUCGGAUGAUGGCCGCCACUGACUUCUUAGAACUUACUAGAUCAACUGGGUUUUUUGGUUUCGCAUCAUCGGCCCCUGCAGAUGCCCGCCCUCUCAUUCGAGGUACCUACAUCUUUCAGGAGAACGAAAAUACAGUACUUGUCCAAAUCGACUGGACUGAUGAUGACGAUGAGGGCGUCCGGUCCUACGAGAAGAUGGAACCACGAUACUUCAAGAUGCGGAAGGAUGAGGCAAUUCACCGAGAGCACAUGGACAUCAAGCUCAUUGAGCUCGCUGAAUCCAAAGCAUGGCAAUUCAGCCUCAUCUCCUUCAUCCCUAUGCUAGACCGAAGGUUGGUCUCGCCGGCAUUGAGUAGUUUCGCAGCAAGCGUACAGAUGAAGCAGGGCUACGACCUAGCAUCCUCCCUACCUCCACUCGAAUCCACGAAGCCGGAUCGCACUCUAAAACCUAUCGCAGUUAAGAUCGAAAAGAAAUACACCUUUAGAAUCAAGGGUUCAGGUUACAAGGUGGAUAUGGUAGGCCGGUGGUACCGUCAGAAACCAGGUUUCUUGCCAUGCUGCUGGGGCAUUGACGUUCGCCACUCAGACUGGGAAACUCACUUGACGCAAAUGGAACGGCUGGAGAGCGGUCAUGCUGCCCAGUGGGGUGAUCCGCUGGCUACUUUCUUUCCUGAUAAUGGAUUUUCGGCUCCGCCCAUUGAAGAUGAAGCGUCGUUGAACUAUGUGAGCCCGGUCGAACCUCCCCGCGAGGGGAUUCGCUUGCUGGUGGAUAUCUUGAUGAGACUUUCGAGUUUUGUCAAUGCUGCGGGGGAGUCUAUCGAGAUGGAGGAUGAACAGAGUGAGGAGUCUGAUCAAGGGGGUAUAGAUAUUUGGAACGAAUGA